AAACUUACAGUUAACAAAUCCAAAUAGAGAAAUUCAGUUUGGUGUGACUAUUGCAGCCUGACCUUUAGGCUAAGGGCCUAUAAUGGCUUACAUUGCUUAAAUUAGUUACAUACACAUAUUAAAUUUUUAGGGGCAAACUGUCAAAGUAAGAAUCAACCAACAUAAAAGGACAAAAACAUUUUUUAGUAGGGCUUGGGUCUAGGCUAAUUAAAUGUAAAAGUGUUCAGAUGUGGACAUAAACCAAACACCAGUGGUCCUCUACAAUACACACUGUAAACAAUAGUGCAUUCUGGAAUGCCUAAUAGACUAAUUAUUCAUCAUAUUUAGGAGUAACAUCAUUUUAUCACGUGUCUGGAGCAAAACGUCCAUGUUAAUGGUUAUAUCCCAAUAAUGACAGGGAAGUAAGGGAACACUUCAGAAUUGGUGUGGAGGCAUGCUCAAAAAUUCUCCUCUGAAAUUUCCCAGUACCAAACUAGGGUUGAGUGCGUGUGUGCGACUCUGCACGUAGCAGUUUCCGUGGAUAGAACCUACCGCCAGAUGGCGAGCCGAGGACCGAUGACACGCCGAGGCGAGGAUAAGAGCGACUGGAGGUUGGGGCUGUCAUAAACGGUACCAAAGCAACGAGCAGGGACACCUUUGGAGAGCUUGCGAGCGGCUGCCGGGAAUAUAUUUUGGCCACCGGAGUGUUUUUGUGCCACCGUUCCAAGACAAGUCUCUCUUAUCAUUUCGUAUGUCCAGGAUGGAGCGACAGUGUUGGGGGUAUUUACUGGUGUUGAGCUACCUGUUCCAGACUCUUUCAGCCCACAGUGACUUUUACACAUCCAUCGGUCACAUGACAGAUCUGUUGUACACAGAGAAAGACUUAGUCACUUCACUGAAGAAUUAUAUCACGGCAGAGGAGAACAAGCUGAAGCAGGUUAAACAGUGGGCAGAGAAGCUGGAUGUGUUAUCAGCCAUAGCCAUGCAGGACCCCGAGGGCUUCCUGGGAAACCCAGUCAACGCCUUCAAACUGAUGAAGAGGCUGAACACAGAAUGGGGAGACCUGGAGAGCCUGGUGCUGAAGGACACCAAGGAAGGCUUCAUCUCUAACCUGACCCUCCAGAGGCAACACUUCCCUACCGACGAGGACCAGACAGGUGCAGCCAAGGCACUGCUCAGACUGCAGGACACCUACAGACUGGACACCAACACCAUCUCUACAGGAGACCUGCCAGGAGUGACGCACAAGAGCCCUAUGACGGUGGAGGACUGCUUUGAGCUGGGGAAGAUUGCCUACAGCGAGGUGGACUACUACCACACAGAGCUGUGGAUGGAGCAGGCCCUGAAGCAGCUGGACGAAGGAGAGGAGUCCACCGUGGACAAGGUCACCGUGCUGGACUACCUCAGCUAUGCUAUUUACCAGCAGGGGGAUCUAGGCAGGGCCCUGGAGCUCACCAAGAGGCUACUCAUGCUGGACCCGGAACACCAGCGUGCCAACGGCAACCUGAAGUACUUUGAGUUUCAACUGAUAAAUCAGAGGAAGGCCCAGGCCCAGGAGGCCCAGAAGGCCCAGGAGGAGGGCAAGGAGCGAAGGAAGAGACUGACGAGUGAUGCCUCCAAGAAGAAGAAGCGCUUCAGGGAGCCUGUCCCAGAGAGGAAGAUGUAUGAGAUGCUGUGUCGAGGGGAGGGCAUCAAGCUGACCCCCCGCAGACAGAGACGGCUUUUCUGCCGUUACUUUGACAACCACGGUCACCCCAAGUACCUCCUGAGCCCGGUGAAGCAGGAGGAUGAGUGGGACCGGCCCUACAUAGUCCGCUACCAUGACAUCAUCUCUCACGGCGAGAUCGAGAAGGUCAAAGAGCUGGCCAAGCCCAGACUCCGCCGGGCCACCAUCUCCAACCCCAUCACUGGUGUGCUUGAGACUGCCCCCUACAGGAUCAGCAAGAGUGCAUGGCUGACAGCGUAUGAACACCCAAUGAUUGACCAGAUAAACCAGCGGAUUGAGGACCUCACAGGUCUGGAGAUGGACACUGCGGAAGAGUUGCAGGUUGCAAACUAUGGUGUGGGUGGGCAGUAUGAGCCCCACUUUGACUUUGGACGGAAAGAUGAGCCUGAUGCCUUCAAAGAGCUGGGCACUGGAAACCGCAUAGCCACCUGGCUUUUCUAUAUGAGUGACGUGGCAGCAGGAGGUGCUACAGUAUUCCCAGAUGUGGGUGCUGCAGUAUGGCCCAAAAAGGGGACUGCAGUGUUCUGGUACAACCUGUUUCCCAGUGGGGAGGGAGACUACAGUACAAGGCACGCAGCCUGCCCAGUAUUGGUGGGCAACAAGUGGGUUUCUAACAAAUGGAUCCAUGAAAGAGGGCAGGAGUUCCGGCGACCCUGUGGCCUGAAUGAGACUGCAUGAUGGGGAAUGAAGGCUUUCCCUUCCACGCCCCUCUUCCUCUAUCCCUCUCCUCCUCUACCCCUCUCCUCCUCUACCCCUCUCCUCCUCUAUCCCUCUCCUCCUCUACCCCUUGCUUUCUCUUCAACCCCAGGGCCUGAGAGCACUGCUGUGGAUGACAGGCCGUGAAAAGGGGGCCAUUGGCAUCCCUCCUUCUCCUCCUCUUCCUACCUCCUUCACGUCAUCCAUUCCUUACCCCAGCUCUGUACCUCUCUGAGCCCAGGAUGUUUUGGGGCUUUCAGCUUGGACAGUAUUAGUGGUGUUCUGACUGACAUGGUGCUCUGAUGGCUCUUUGAUAUGUCUCAAGUGAACACGUUGUGUGUUCACCCUUAUGUCUUUGUUUGCACUCUUUACGGGCUCUGUACACAGCAAAAAUGGUCAUUUCAGAGCACAGAGCACUGCGUCUUGCUCUGUUCUAAUGUAAAUAAUAUGUCCUCUCUAAGUGCAUCUCCAUAGUAUGCCAUGGACUGUUUUCUCAAUUCAGGUCAAGUGUUCACUCCAUCUCUUAUUUCAAUACUGAUGUCGCUCCAGUUUAUACUAACAUAUCUCUCUCAAAAACACACACCACACACACUCCAACACUCCCACAUACAGCACAGACAAUCUUAUGUGACGUUUAACUGUUUAUAGCUGAGGUAUCAUUUGUUUAUUGUUUUUUAAGAUCUGGUUUGGUAUUUAACUGACUUUGGAUUUGAAUACUCACUCACAUUUUUAACAGAACAUUUGAUUCUUUGGCCAUACAGAUGAGUUGCACUUCCCCAUUUGUGUGAUGGAAAAGAGGGAGGGAGAAACAUUGGACAUGGUGUUUUUAAAAUCUUGGAAAAUUCAAUCAGAUUCAUGCAACCUUAAAGUGUAUCAAUGUGGGCCCAUCCAAAAAAAGUUGUGGUGUUUUUUAGAAGGCAAGACAAAUCAUUUCUGGUGUUUUCCCCACUGAAAAGUAUUGUGAGGCCUGUUUCUUUAUGUAAUACUAUCUGGGGGCCUCAAGGAGAAACAUGAUAUUUAUAUCUGACAAGAUUCACCCAUUGUGUGGUUUGUACGUCCUUUCAAAUUUGCAGGAAUAUUUUUGGAAGUGUGAAAUUAAUGUUUUCUAUAGAAAUAAAGUCUAAAUGUCAUUGCUA